AUGGGGUUGGAGGCGGCGAGGGGGGUGGUGGAGGGGGUGGAGGAGAGGUUGAAGUUGGUGAGGGUGGAGGCGAGGGAGGUGUGGGAGAGGUUUGAGGGGGUGGAGGGGUGGAUAUCUUGCGAGGAGGUGGCGAGGUACAUAUUUGGGUCGGUGGAGGAGGAGUCGAGUUUUGUGUGUGGGUUGGCGGCGCAUCGGUACCUUGGGUUGGCGGGGGGGUAUUUCGAGUGGACGGCGCACGGGGGGUACAGUUGCAGGGAGAGGGAGGCGGUGAGGAUGGAGAGGGAGUGGGAGGAGAGGGAGGCGAGGGAGAGGGAGGCGAGGGAGAGGUUUAUCGAGGAGGUGAGGGGGAGGUUGGAGGGGAGAGAGGUGGAGUUUGCGGGGGGGAGUGCGGAGUUGUUGGAGAGGUUGAAGAGGUAUGCGUUGUGCGAGAUGGGGAGCGUGGACGGGGAGUUGGGGGAGAAGGUGUUGAAGAGGUUGGGGUACAGGGAGAGGUCGGAGGGUGCGCACAGGUUGUUGGUGGAUUUGGGGGUGUUUUCGAAGUGCACGAAUCCGCACGUGCAGCGGUAUGUGUGGAAGUUGGGGUACGGGGAGGGGGAGGAGAGCGGGGUGGAGGAGGAGUUGAGGGGGAGAGAGAGGAGGGAGGAGGGAGAGAGGGUGGAUUUGAGCGAGUUCGCGGCGUUUGCGAUAGACGACAGCGGUGCGAGGGAGGUGGACGACGCGAUUUCGGUGGUGAGAGAUAAGAGGGGUCGGGAUUGGGUGUACGUGCACGUGGUGGACGUGUCGUUUUACGUGGAGGCGAAUUCAGUGAUAGAUUUGGGGGCUAGAGAGCGCGGAAUAACGGUGUACUUGCCGGAGCGUCACUUUGGGAUGUUGCCGAGCGCGUUCGAGCGCAGGUUGAGUUUUGGCGAUGGGAGGCGGCGCGCGCUGAGUUUCGGGGCGUUGCUGAACGAGGCGGGAGAGGUGGAGGAGUGGGAGGUGGUGAGGAGCUACGUGGGCGCGGUGCGCCGAGUGACGUUCGAGGAGGUGGACGAGGUGAUGGAGGCGGCGAGGGGGCGGCGCCUGCUGGAGAGUAGGUGGUCCGAGGAGUUGUGGGAGUUGAAGAGGGUGAACGAGCACGUCUUUAGGCGUUUAUUAGAUUUUGCUACGAAGCGUCGCGCCUUACGGUUGAACAGUCGCGCGGCGAUGCUUUGCCUGCCGGAUCCGAUGGUGCGCGUGGAGCGAGUGGGUGGGGACGGGGUGAGGGCGUACGUUGGGUUGCAGAGGGAUUGGUUGAUGGGAGCGAGGGGGAUGGUGACGGAGUUCAUGUUGUUGGCGGGGGAGUUGGCGGCGAGGUUUGCUGGGGCGAGGAGGAUUCCGUUUUUGUACGAGUCUCAAAGGUUGGCGUCGGGGUUGGCGUCGGAGUUGGCGUCGUUUUUCGUUUAUUACCGGGACUUGUACGAGGAGGGGGAGAGGUCUUUGUCGGCGCGUUGGUGCGGUCAGCUGGAGCAGAUGAGGGGGGUGGGGACGAAGGUGUGGUCAUCGGAGGCGAGGAGGCACGAGGUGCACGGUUUGCCGUGUUACGCGGGGGUGACGUCGCCGCUGCGGCGAUACACGGAUUUGAUGAUGCACUACCAGAUUCAGGCCAGUUUGUCGAGACGCCGGCUGCCGUUCAGUUCGCAGGAGCUUGCGAGGGUGUUGCCGGGAGUGAGGGAGGUGGUGAGCAGGGCGAAGCAGUUGGCGAGGCGAGGGACGCGGUUUUGGGUGCUGGGUUGUUUGGAGGAGUUGUCGAGGCGAGACGGGAAUCGGAGGUACCGAGCGGUGGUGUCGUCGACGAGGACGGGUCACAAGAGCGAGUACGCGGUGCGCUUGAUGGAUUUUGGGAUUGAAGAGAAGAUGUUUUGCAGGAGGAGCCUUCGGUUGGGACAGGUGUUGUCGGUGAGGGUGGAGGUAGUGAAUCCGUUUUACGACGUGUUGGUGCUGAAGGCGGAGGAUUGAGGGGGGGAGGUGAGGAAUUAGAAAGAAAAGAGUGCGUUAUGUGUGUUUUAUGUCUUCACUCUGGGGUGGAGAAUUAAAAAAAAAAGGAAGACGUUAAGAGCGUUAUGCGUUUUAGCGGUGUUUUCACUCUGGGGUGGAGAAUUAAAAAAAAAAAAAGAAGAAAAGAGUAAGAGUGUUAUG